AUGCAUCAGAACAAACACCAGCACCCAAAGAUUCAUCCAUCAGCACAAAUACCAGCACCCAAAGAUACAUCAGAACAAACACCAGCACCCAAAGAUGCAUCAGAACAAACACCAGCACCCAAAGAUUCAUCCAUCAGCACAAAUACCAGCACCCAAAGAUGCAUCAGCACAAACACCAGCACCCAAAGAUACAUCAGAACAAACACCAGCACCCAAAGAUGCAUCAGAACAAACACCAGCACCCAAAGAUUCAUCCAUCAGCACAAAUACCAGCACCCAAAGAUACAUCAGCACAAACACCAGCACCCAAAGAUGCAUCCAUCAGAACAAGCAGCAGCACCCAAAGAUACACCAGAACAAACACAAGCACCCAAAGAUACACCAGAACAAACACAAGCACCCAAAGAUGCAUCAGAACAAACACAAGCACCCAAAGAUACAUCAGCACAAAUACCAGCACCCAAAGAUUCAUCAGAACAAACACCAGCACCCAAAGAUGCAUCAGAACAAACACCAGCACCCAAAGAUUCAUCCAUCAGCACAAAUACCAGCACCCAAAGAUACAUCAGCACAAACACCAGCACCCAAAGAUGCAUCCAUCAGAACAAGCAGCAGCACCCAAAGAUACACCAGAACAAACACCAGCACCCACAGUUAUAUCAAGUUAUCUCAGAUUCUUCAUUGAUAACAUCACAAACUUUCAAGCUGGCUUUUAAAUGA